AAGGUGUGACCGGAAGUGCGGGGUAUAGCUGUUUCCUGUAACUUGUCUGUGAAGGAGUUGUGUGUUGUUUUAGUCUCGUUUCCAGCUGCCAGAAGUACGUGUGUUUUUCUGUCCGACGGUGCCUGCCACUGUGGGGUUCUGAUGUAGACAGGGAAGCGGACCAGGAACAGAGAACUGGACCGAAACCAGACUGGAACAAAGAAGACGACGAACCGUGCAGUGAGCUCGGCUCCCUUUAAUCCCCAACACAGAGACCGAGGACGGUUCUCCAGCUGUGUUCGGGUCUGAUCCUGACUGGAUAUCAGGAGCUGGGGACAUUUUAAUGGUGUCCCUGUGAUGGCACAAUGACGGGACGGGGUGGUUCUGGAAGCGGCUGCAGCCCUGGAGGCUGAUGGACCUUCGUCUUUGGCUCAUCAGGAUGCACAUAGCUUCAGUCAGUCUCAGUAAGUUCUGCUUCCUUUGCUCCCUGGCGUUCUGCUGCCUCCUCCUCCUGCUCAUCCCGACCCUCCAGCCCCCGCCUCGCCUGCUGGACCUGCCUCAGCCUCGACCCCAAGCCAGACCUGCAGGAACGAAGCAGUCGCAUCAUGGCCAGGUUCCUGCAGGUUCUGCAGGAGGCUCAGAAACACAGGGGAGGCUGGUCCAGACCAAAGAGAGCAGGAAUGAAAAUCAAAGUCCAAAGAGAGGAACUGAAACUGAUGGGGGUCCAGUUUCAGAGUCCAAGUCUCUGGACACGCUGGAGCUGAAGGACAUUUUCAUCGCAGUGAAGACCACCAGGAAGUACCACAAGUCCAGACUGGAGCUGCUGAUUCAGACCUGGGUGUCCCGAGCUAAGGAGCAGACCUACAUCUUCACUGAUGGGGAAGACAGAGAGCUGCAGGUGAGAACAGGAACCAACAUCAUCAACACCAACUGCUCAGCAGCUCAUAACCGACAGGCUCUGUGCUGCAAGAUGUCCGUGGAGUACGACAAGUUCCUCGAGUCGCAGAAGAAGUGGUUCUGCCACAUGGAUGAUGAUAACUACGUGAUCCUGCCCAGCCUGCUGCGACUGCUGUCCUCCUACCACCACAGCCAGGACAUCUACCUGGGCCGGCCCAGUCUGGAUCACCCCAUCGAGGCUGCAGAGAGGGUCAAGAGUGAUGGAUCAGUGUCUGUAAAGUUCUGGUUCGCCACAGGUGGAGCAGGCUUCUGCAUCAGCCGAGGUCUGGCUCUGAAAAUGAGCCCGUGGGCCAGUUUGGGGAAUUUCAUCAGCACAGCAGAGAAGAUUCGGCUGCCUGAUGACUGCACCAUCGGCUACAUCAUCGAGGCCCUGCUGGAGGUGACACUGACACACACUCACCUGUUCCACUCCCACCUGGAGAACCUGCAGAAGCUACCUGUUGACACUGUGCUGGAUCAGGUGACUCUCAGUUAUGGAGGCUUUGAGAACAGAAGAAAUGUGGUCAGUGUUGCUGGAAGCUUCUCUCUGGCUGAGGACCCCACCAGGUUUAAGGCGAUCCACUGCCUCCUGUAUCCAGACACUGGGUGGUGUCCAGAGUCCCACCCUGAGCACUGAGACCGCCCCCUCUGCCACACCUGGAUCAUUCAGGUGGAAACCUUCAGCGUCUCCAAAGCUGCACCCUGAGCCUGCUUGAUUAAAAUGUCUGGAAGCUGCUGAGUGAAAGCCGGAGCGCAGAGGAAGCUGCUGCAACUUUUCAGUUGGAUCCUGGUUCCUGGUUUCUGGUUCCUGAAUCCAGGAUCUUGAAUCCUGUCCGCCUCAUGUUUGUACCAGAUUUAUUAAAGUGAAGUUGAUUCUGGGUGAAUGUGACAGCGAAUGAUCCCAUCAGCUUUUCCACAAACCAGAAACAUGAAGUCCUCUCCUCAACCCCCUUUUCCUCUGCUGGAACCAGAACCAAAUGGAGAUCUGGAGGAGCCUCUAAAAGGGACAUGGUAGAGAACUUAAAAAUCCACAAUAGUCCAUUAAUUGCAUCACAGAAAUAACUGAUGUGAAAGUCCAGAAUGAACGAGGAGAAAGCGGUUUGUCUUUGGUCUUUUCUCUGCAGCUACUCUGUAAAAGUGUAGAAAACUGGACCAGGAACUGCUGCAGCAGACUUCCUGGUUUUCCUCGUAGGCUCGGUGUGGAUGGAGUUAACACUACACCUUAUCUCCCUGGUCUAAGUUUAAAAUGUCAGAGCCUCAGACCUGGACUUGUUUCCGGGAGCUUUGGUGCAGCUAUAGGAGGUGGUUUAAGCCCGGUUGUUCUCUCUCACCUCCCAACAAGAACAUUAAAGGACGAUAUUAAGCACAUACGUGUGUUUUAGGAAGGAAAAAUUGAUCAUAUUUGCUUUGCCUCAAAUGUUCAUGAAGGUUUCAUAUUGUGGGAAAUUCUGUGCUGGAUGGUUCGGUUCCUGGUGAGAAUUUCCCUGCUGCAGUGUUCCUGCUCAUUCAGGUUUUUUAUGGUUGAUUUGACCCCACAAUGACGGCGUCCCACCCUGAGGUCCAAAUUUACUAAACUGGGCAGUUUCCUCCUCCAGUCGGUUGACGCAUUCAGUUUCUGUUUUAAAUGUAGAUGAAUUAACAUUCAGCUCCUGUUCAGACAUGUUUUUCUCUUGUCUCUGAAACUGGGUCUUCUCAUGAGACGAUACGUGUCUGAUGAAGUAUUUUAUAUUACUCUGUGAAAGCCAGGUCAGUGUUAUAUUAGCUUCGCCUUCUGUUUGAGGAUGCUGUGGUUCUUGAAUGAACUGAGCUGAUAGUUGAUGGUACGUGUAAUCAGGCAGAUGAUGAUGAUGAUGAUGUGUAAAUGAUGCUUCACCGACUCAUGAUGCUUUCAUGAACUCGUCUCUUUAUUUACCAUUUUAUUUUUCCUGAGUGUUUAUGGUUUGCACUACCUGAAUGAUGUCACUUCCUGUGUUUCUGGCUGUCAGGUGUUCAGGUCACAAUCGGUGGGCGGAGUCAAACAUGAGAUAUGUUCCAGACAUAUUUUUGUCCAGUCCCUGAAUGCAUCAGUGUUGUUGGUUCUGCAGGACCCGGGUCCAGGACGGGUUCUGUGGCAGAGCAGGCUGCAUGCCGGUCCUGUGAAGCGUGAGCGUGGUUCCGACUCCUCACGGGAUCUUCAUGAUGAGGUGACGAGCGUUGCUUCAAACUUUUUCUUAAACCUGAUGGAAACCGGAGGAGGAAGGCUGCAGCAGGUCUUCCUCUCCACUCAAACCCACAUCUGUUUCUUCUUAUUAAACAUGUCUGUGGGAAGAACCGGUCCACCUGUUUGCACAAGAGUCCAAAAGCACGUCCCACUGCAGGCCAGUGAAGGACGACGAUGAUGAUGAUGUACGCCCAGCAGCUGAUGUAUUGUGAUGUUUCAGAAAGAAUAAAAGAGAUUUUUCAGGA